AUGCCUCCCAGUCGAGUAACCACCCGGCGGACGGUCACGAACGAGAAUGACGAGAAUGGUACCGCGUCAAUGCGUCUUACCAGAUCCAAGGCGGCUGCAUCCAAUGAGAAUGAUGUCAAGAAGCCACUCCAAUCCAAGAAGACCGCGGUCAACACGCAACCACUCCGCAGACGUGCCGCACUCGGCGACGUGAGCAAUGUUGCUAAGGGGGAAGUCAUGGAAGGAAAGAAAGCAACUGCUAAGGGUGGCCUCGUGUCCAAAGCAGCACAGCCCACAGGUGUUCAGAAGAACCUGUCGCGUACCAAUUCAACCCGAUCGAUACUUGGUACAAAGGACACGAAUAAGAAGGCCGAGGUGAAGCGUACUGGUUCUGGUGUCAUGGCAGGAAAGAGAAAGACGAGCGCCACAUCCUCAAAUGCAUUGUCGAUAAAAGAGGAAACUCCAGCUGAAGAUGAGCAGCCAUCGAGAAAGAAGAUACACCUUGAGGCCCAAGAACAAAAAGCUAUUGAGGAGUCGAAAGAGAACAAGGCUGAGCAGGAGAUUGAAGCGAAGGAGUUGGUUAAGCAGUUGCCUGACGAUGUUGACGACCUGGACCGUGAAGAUCUGGAUGAUCCAUUGAUGGUGGCUGAAUAUGUUGUCGAGAUCUUCGAGUACCUGAAGAAGCUGGAGGUUGCUACUCAGCCAAACGCCGAUUAUAUGGACCACCAAGAGGACUUGGAGUGGAAGAUGCGAGGUAUCCUCGUUGACUGGCUCAUUGAGGUUCAUACACGCUUCCAUCUCCUCCCUGAGACUUUGUUCCUUGCAGUCAACAUCAUCGACCGCUUCCUCUCGACAAAGGUUGUUCAGCUCGAUCGUCUUCAACUAGUCGGUGUCACAGCCAUGUUCAUUGCCUCCAAGUACGAAGAAGUUCUUUCUCCCAACGUGGCGAACUUCCGUCACGUCGCUGACGAUGGCUUCACGGAAGAGGAGAUCCUUAGCGCUGAACGAUACGUUCUCUCCGCCCUCAACUACGACCUGAGCUACCCUAACCCAAUGAACUUCCUUCGCCGCAUAUCAAAGGCUGACAACUAUGACAUUCAAACUCGGACCUUGGGCAAAUAUCUCAUGGAGAUUAGUUUACUUGACCACCGCUUCAUGAACUACCUUCCAAGUCACGUAGCAGCUGGUGCAAUGUACCUGGCACGCACUAUUCUUGAGAAGGGCGAAUGGGAUCCAACCUUGGCCCAUUACGCCGGCUACACCGAGGAAGAAAUUGAACCCGUGUUCAAGCUAAUGGUCGACUACUUGGCACGUCCAGUCACCCACGAAGCCUUCUUCAAGAAGUAUGCAAGCAAGAAGUUCCUCAAGGCCUCCAUUCUCACAAGACAAUGGGCCAAGAAGAACGCUGCGCUCCUCGGUAUUGAUGUUUCUUUGCCGUUGGACACGACUUCCCGAUAA